GCCCUGGGGACCAGAGAGGCCUGUGCGCCCUUCUCCCUAGCCGGUGCCUUCCUCCUGGUCCAUGGGGACCGUUGUGGCCAAACUGCUCCUGCCCACCCUCAGCAGCCUGGCCUUCCUUCCCACGGUGAGCAUCGCUGCCAAGAGACGCUUCCACAUGGAAGCCAUGGUCUAUCUGUUCACCAUGUUCUUCGUGGCGCUCUCCCAUGCCUGCGAUGGGCCUGGUUUAUCUGUGCUGUGCUUCAUGCAACGGGACAUCCUGGAAUAUUUCAGCAUCUACGGGACAGCCCUGAGCAUGUGGGUCUCUCUGAUGGCUCUGGCUGACUUUGACGAGCCCCAGAGGUCGACCUUCGUGAUGCUGGGUGUCCUGACUAUCGCCGUGCGGACCUACCAUGACCGCUGGGGCUACGGGGUGUAUUCGGGCCCUGUGGGCACAGCUGUCCUCAUCAUCGCUGUAAAGUGGUUGCAGAAGAUGAAGGAGAAGAAGGGUCUGUACCCUGACAAGAGCGUCUACACUCAGCAGAUAGGCCCCGGCCUCUGCUUUGGGGCACUGGCCCUGAUGUUACGCUUCUUCUUUGAGGAAUGGGAUUACACCUACGUCCACAGCUUCUACCACUGUGCCCUGGCCAUGUCUUUUGUCCUGCUGCUGCCCAAGGUCAACAAGAAGGCUGGAAAUGCAGGGGCCCCAGCCAAGCUGAACGUCUCCACCCUGUGCUGCACAUGUAUUUGA